GUCAAGAGCUCUCUGGUUUGUGUGUGUGCGCGUGUCCUUGUAUGGCCUCACGCUAGACAAGCAGUAGGACGUUUCUAGAGAACAGGCGGACAUGAGACAUUUACUGAGCCUUCAACGAGUGGCCACCAGGGCCUUCAAUACAACAGCCAGGCAGAUGAAGAACAGGGUUCCAGAGAAGCAGAAGCUUUUCCAGGCGGACAAUGGUUUGCCGGUCCACAUCAAAGGGGGGAGCACUGAUAUGAUACUCUACCGCAUAACCAUGACCCUCACUAUCAUUGGCACUGGAUUUUCCUGUUACUGGCUCCUGGUGGCCUCGAUGCCCAGAAACAAAGCAGACUAAGAAGCUGACCUGAGAGACCUGUUCAUGUGUCAUAUGAAUUCAGCUAAAAUGACUUUUAUCUUGUACAGACCAUUCUGAUUAAAGAGAAUCUUGAUGUA